GAGUUCCACCUCGGGGCUUUGCAGGUCAUUCCGAAGUGCAAGCGCGGACUGAAGAAGGACUUCUGGUUUGGUGCAAUUACAUUGGCGCCGUCUGUGGGAAUUCGAACUAAAAGUUUUCUCGUUGCUCUUCCAUUAUGGUCUACACUCGAUCAGUUAGAGCUAGUAAUUCAUCUCUGCCUCAUGGACAGGGUCAACCCUCCAACAACUUUCCACCUCAGAUCCCACCUCAGAUUCCACCUCAGAUCCCACCUCAGAUUCCACCUCAGAUCCCACCUCAGUUUCCACCUCAGAUCCCACCUCAGUUUCCACCUCAGGUCCCAGUUACGUUCCCUCCUAGUGAUCAUGUAGAAGGAGGAGAUGAAAAUCAACCUCAUGCCCCAGCUCAUAACUCAACUUCCACUGCCAACCAAGAUGUAGUGACAGCUCAGCUUGCUGCCAUGCAGCAGCAGUUUGGUGUUUUUCAGUUGGUACUGGCUCAACUUUUGGCUCGAAACAAUCCUGGUGAUCCCCUCAUUAACUUACUAAAUCCUGCUCAACAACCCCCAGCUCCACAACAAAAUCCUUAACCAGUCCAACCUGCUCCUGCUAUUAGCGAGUCUCAGGCUCAAUCCCACAUUGCACCCGCUCAACAGCCUAUCCCUGAUGAUGUUACUCGCCGCCUCGAUAGCCUGGAAAAACUGGUAGCUGAACACCGAGGUGCUCCACCCCCACACCAUGCUACUGAU